GGGUGAGUGCCUUCCUCGUUCUUGCAUGCGCCCGUCUUAACUAUGUCGCACACAGGCCCGGGGGAGUGAUGAUGGGCAUAGCUCUCAAGAAUCAGCUUGGGAUCCACGAUUUCAUGAUCUACGACAAGACAUCCGACUUCGGCGGGACCUGGCUCGACAAUUCGUACCCCGGGAGCGCAUCCGAUACGCCUAUCCACUUCUACGUCCCAUCCACCCACCCCAAUCCAAACUGGUCCGUCACUUUCCCUCCCCAAACCGAGCUCCUCGCCUACUGGCGUGGUCUCGCAAUCAAGUACACCCUCUACGCGAACGCGGCGUUCUUCACUCGCGUCGUCUCUGCGCACUGGAACGGGAAGACUCAACGGUACGACAUAGACCUCGAAGAUGUCCGGACGGGCGAGAGGAGACAAGAGCACGCGCGGUUCCUCGUGAGCGCAACGGGACUGAUCAGCGAGCCACGGCGAGAGCCAUUUGAGGGAGCGGGCGGGUGCUGGCACUCCGCGCGGUGGAGGCACGAUGUUGACUUCCAUGGACGAAGGGUGGCGGUUAUCGGCAACAGCGCAUCCGCGGCGCAAUUCGUUCCAUGUCUAUCGGCAGACUCUACCACGCACGUCGCGAACUUCUGCAGAACACCCAAUUGGUUUGUCUAUGGCCCUCGCCACCGAUAUCCUCCUGCGUUCCGCUGGGUGCUCGCACACGUACCCCUCGCAUUGCGUGUCUUCCGACUAUGUGUCAUCUUUAUUAAUUAUGCCCGCCCGAUCUGGCACACACUCCGUCAAAAAGUCAAGAGCAGAGGUAAGGAGGGCCGAGAAGCCGACUUGAUCGCGUACAUGAAGCGCACCGCUCCGGCGCAGUACCACCAAUGGCUCAUCCCCAACUAUCCGAUGACAUGCCGUCGACCGAUCCUCGACGUGGGCUAUUACGCCUGCCUGCACAAGCCCAACGUUGAGCUCCGUUGGGAAGGCGUGCGCGAGGUGACCAAGACCGGGCUGCGCCUGGAGGAUGGGUCGGAAGAGGCGUUUGACGUGAUCAUCCUAAGCACGGGCUUCGUCACGGUCAGUGUUAAGGUUGUCUCUGCACGGAAAGACGAGCACGGCUGAUGCGAAGGGCUAGGGACGAAGCCUGUUCGAGCUCCACGGAGAGGCGGGCGUGGACUUGGAUGGGUUCUACAAAAGCGAGGGACGCCCGAUGGCGCAUCGCGGCGU